UCUGCAGCCGUUCGGCCUUGUUUGGCUUCGGGAACGGAACUGUUGUGAGUUGUGAGUGAAUAAGUAUCCAUUGUCAUCCGCUUGAAUUAAUACUCAGAAGCUGAAUAUGGCUGAUACUUGUGAGACAGAAGACUCUGCUGCACAUCACCAGGAUUCAAAAAAGACCAAAGCUGACUCGCGGUCGCCAAAUCAAACAAAGAAAGGAAAAAUGGGUUCAGCAAAGUGUGGACCGCCUUCUGCAAAUGCACCUGGUGGAAGAACAGCAGGCGUUACUAAUUCAAAUGGCUCAGGGAAGCCUGGGGUUCAGGUGAAAUUACCUAAGCCUAAAGUUGACCUCAAAGCUCUUUUUGACUACUACUUUGUAAGACAACAGCAUAAAAAGUGCAAAAAAUUGAGGCUAAGGGAAAAGAGAAAACGCAGAACUAAGAAAAAAACACCUGAGGAAGAGCGGCCGAAGAUCCGACUGCCUCUGAGAAAGAGGCGGGCGAGAAUCCCAGCACGUGAGCGACGAAGGGAAGCGAGACAGGGGGGCCUCCAGUUUCCUUUUGUGGAGAAACUUAGUGGAAGGAAACACAUUCCAUUUAAACUUGUGUGUCGAUAUGAGCAAUUAGCUGUACAAGGAUACUUCAGAUACAUUAAAACGCUGAAAUGUGAGCGCCUCCUUGAAAAGUCUUUGACAGAAUUGAAUGCGGGGGAUGAUCUAGAAAAUGAGAGCCUGGAGACACGGAAGUACAAAUACCUGGAUGAUGAUGGUCCUCUUUCUCCCAUUGAAGAGCCAGAUGAAGAAGAACCAAAUAUGAAUUCUGGUAAUGAUGAUAUUGGUGCCAGGAUAGUGGAGAAAAGUUCCUUUAUCCUAAGUAGUAUAAUUCCGGAGAAGAAGAAGAAAUACAAGAAGAAAACCAAGAGCUGCAAAAAUGAAUGAUCUCCAUGACAGAAUCCUGCAAAUGAUGGCACCUCUUGCUUGCGUCAUUAUAUUUCAUGGACUUCAGUAAACUCUUUGCAUGUCUGGGAAUUUUUAGUGGACUGCUUUCUUUACAGUUUUUUUAAAAAAAUAAAAGCUGUUUGCCUGGUUUA